UUCAUUUCUUGCUGGCACUGAAGGAGCGCCAUGGCGAGGAGCGCGCGGGACUGCCUGCUGGAGUGCCUGGAGAACUUGGACGAGGACGAGCUGAGGAGGUUCAAGAACAAGCUGAACGAGUUCCCCGUGCGCAAGGGCUACGAAAACAUCCCCCGAGUGAAGCUGCAGAAGGCGGAGGCGCUGGACCUGACGACCAUUCUGAUCAGCUACUACGCCGAGGAGUAUGCAGUGAAGCUGACCGCCAAGGUGCUGAAAGCCAUCAACUGCAAGGACCGCGCCAAGGAGCUCCAGGUCGCCACCCGGAACACGAUGCCGCGGGCGAAGCCAACAGGGAAAGGACGCGCAAGCGCAGCCCAGAGAGGACGCACAGCCCCCCGGGGAUCACUCGCAGCCCAGAGAAAACGUGCGGCCACCCGAGGAUCGCUCACAGCCCAGAGAGGACGCACAGCCCCUCGGGGAUCACUCGCAGCCCAGAGAAAACGUGCGGCCACCCGAGGAUCGCUCACAGCCCAGAGAGGACGCACAGCCCCUCGGGGAUCACUCGCAGCCCAGAGAAAACGUGCGGCCUCCCGAGGAUCGCUCACAGCCCAGAGAGGACGCGGGGGGCCCCGAGGAUCGCUCACAGCCCAGAGAGGAGGCACAGCCCCCCGGGGAUCGCUCGCAGCCCAGAGAAAACGUCCCAGAGAAAACGUGCGGCCACCCGAGGAUCGCUCGCAGCCCAGAGAGGACGCACAGCCCCCCGGGGAUCACUCGCAGCCCAGAGAAAACGUGCGGCUACCCGAGGAUUGUUCACAGCCCAGAGAGGACGCGGGGCCCCCCGAGGAUCGCUCACAGCCCAGAGAGGAGGCACAGCCCCCCGGGGAUCGCUCGCAGCCCAGAGAAAACGUGCGGCUACCCGAGGAUUGUUCACAGCCCAGAGAGGACGCGGGGCCCCCCGAGGAUCGCUCACAGCCCAGAGAGGAGGCACAGCCCCCCGGGGAUCGCUCGCAGCCCAGAGAAAACGUGUGGCCACCCGAGGAUUGUUCACAGCCCAGAGAGGACGCGGGGCCCACCGAGGAUCGAUCACAGCCCAGAGAGGACGCACAGCCCCCCGGGGAUCGCUCACAGCCCAGAGAAAACGUGGGGCCACCCGAGGAUUGUUCACAGCCCAGAGAGGACGCGGGGGCCCCCGAGGAUCGCUCACAGCCCAGAGAGGACGCACAGCCCCCCGGGGAUCGUUCACAGCCCAGAGAGGACGCACAGCCACCCGAGGAUCGUUCACAGCCCAGAGAGGACGUGGGGGCCCCCGAGGAUCGCUCGCAGCCCAGAGAGGACGCACAGCCACCCGAGGAUCGUUCACAGCCCAGAGAGGACGUGGGGGCCCCCGAGGAUCGCUCACAGCCCAGAGAGGACGCACAGCCUCCCGGGGAUCGCUCGCAGCCCAGAGAGAAGGCUUCCAGUUCCUGGGCGAUGUGGACGUGGUGCUGCUCCCCCGGGAGGCUUCCCUCGCCACCCUCAACCAGUGGCGUAUCUCAUCUCGCCCUGGCGGUGGCGGAUGUUAAGGAUCACGAAGAUGGGUCUGGAGGGCGCGGAGACCAGAGAGGACGUGCAGCCCCCCGCCCCCGAGGAUUGCUCGCAACCCAGAGAGGAUGCUGGGAGUUCCUGGGCGACGUGGCUGCGCGGGCACAGCGGAGGGACGAGGCGGCUGGGUCUCUGGGCAACGACAACCGGCAGCUACUGGCUCUGCAGCGCGCCAUGGCGAAGAGCGUCCGGGACUGCCUGCUGGAGUGCCUGGAGAACUUGGACGAGGGCGAGCUGAGGAGGUUCAAGAACAAGCUGAACGAAUACCCCGUGCGCGAGGGGUACAACAACAUCCCAAAAGGGCGGCUGCAGAAGGCGGAUGCGCUGGUCCUAAAAGACCUGCUGAUCAGCUUCUACACCGAGGAGUACGCCGUGCAGCUGACAGCCGAGGUGCUGGAAGCCAUCAACUGCAAGGACCGCGCCGAGGAUCUCCUGGCCGCCACCGGGAACAGGCCGCAGCCUCCAAACUCUUCUGACGUGCACUUCAUCGAGCGGCACAGGGAAGCGCUAAUCCAACGGACCACCCCAGUGGAACCGGUGCUGGAUAAAUUGUAUGGCUCCGUCCUCACUCACGAGCAAUACCAAAAAAUCACUGCCAAGGAAACUAACCCAGAGAAGAUGAGAGAGCUCUACAAGCUUAUGCCAAGCUGGGACCUCCGGUGCAAGAAUAUGCUGUAUGAGGCACUGAAGGCCAAAAACCCUCACCUAGUGAAAGACCUGGAAGGGCAAUGAAGCCCCAGAGGAAGGCAGAAGGCAAGACCCCUUUCAAGGCACCAGAAAUCCACCUCCUUAUUGCUAGGGGACUCCUGCAGACAAAGCCAUACCAUGUAUUUUCCCAAGCACUCACUAUGCUCCAACCAGGACACCGUGCAAAGGCAAGAAUAACCUGCAACCAUAGCAGGGCUCUCAUAGUCACCUGCUGUGCAACCUGGGAAGGCAAGGGGGGAACCUGGUUCUGUUGUUCAGGCCUUUGGAGGGACUGUUUUCAACAUCUAUCCUAACACAACCCAGUGGUUCUAACUAGGCAUGCCAGGCCUGCCCAUUUGGCUCGCCCUGCUCUUUUGGCCAAGCCACACCCACCUCCCAUGCACCUGCUGUCAGGCUUGGGGCAGGUAAAGAUGCAGCUGGGCCAUGCAGGGGCUGCCUGUCACUUGACUGGAGGCAGCACCUGUGCAUUGGUACCUUGGUUCUCAAACUUAAUCCGUUCUGGAAUUCCGUUC